GUGUACUGUCCCGUUAUUUUCACAUUCCCAAGCUCCCUCCCUCCUUCCAGAGCAGGGGACGCGCGCUUGCCGGGGGCGCGCCUGUCAUACUGAUCAUACAUAGAACGACGGCUACUUUCGCCAGGCACCAGCACUCCGCGCUCCAGUAACAGAGACGAGCUUCUUGUUGCCUCCUCCUCCUCCUCCUUCUCGCUCCGCUUCUCGUGGCGCCCAUACUGAUGAGUUUCAGAGAGUCACACUCCCCCUGACGUCGCCUGCUGCGGCUCUCCGCUUCUUCUCCAGCUCACGUAUUGCGCAGCGUGAGCGUUCAUCUUUCCACCGGCGCAGCCCCCCUUCAUCACGGCGGAACGGAAAGGAACAGAACACAGAAGAGAGCGAAGAGCCGUCCUUCCCUUCUUGCCGCUGCUGCUGCCGUUGCUGCUGGACACUACUCGUGCUGAAUGCGGCGGUUCCAGAUGGCCGUGCGAGAGCCAUGGCAGCUGAUGAAACUGGCACUCAGGGAUGCUAGAGGGGCCCUUCGGUGCGAUCGCUCUCCGGGUGCUCCGUGAGACACUUUAAGGGCAGUGCAUUUGGAAACUGAAGCUUAUUUUUUCUCCUUGAGAUUUUCACUGUGAACCUCCAUUCCUUCACCUGCAGCAGAACUGCUAGUCCACUUCUGAUCAAGCGCGCCUCUGCGCGCCCCCGCACUCGUUCUCGUUCGCACUGCCUGUUUAUUUUACCUUUGGAUUCUGUUCGCGUCCCGCCGGUGCUUCUUCCUCUUUCCUUCUCGCUCAAUAAGGACUGCUGAUCGGUGAGUGUGGCUGCUGCUGCUCACAUUGGCCUUGCAGGUGGUUCGCCAGCUCCGGGCUUGGAUAUGUUCACAUUCGCGGCGACAUGGAUUUAGUUUUGGCUGUUCUGUGGAUGCUCGCGACGCUUCUGGACGUCUUCGACUGCCAUGGAGUGUACGCUCCUCCCACGGUGCGCAUCGUGCACUCCGGACAAGCCUGCAACAUUGAAGAGGAGCGCUUCACGGAGCGGGUCUACACCAUAAGGGAGGGCGAGAUCCUGGAGCUAACCUGUCUGGUGACUGGACACCCGCGCCCCCAGAUCAGGUGGACCAAGACAGCAGGAAGCGCCUCUGACCGCUUCCAGGACUCGAGCGUCUUCAACGAAACCCUGCGCAUCACCAAAAUCCAGCGACACCAGGGGGGCCGAUACUACUGCAAGGCCGAAAAUGGCUUGGGCUCACCGGCUAUCAAGUCCAUCCGGGUGGACGUCUACUAUCUGGACGACCCAAUUGUGACGGUACACCAGAGCAUUGGAGAGGCAAAGGAGCAGUUCUACUAUGAGAGGACGGUGUUUCUGCGCUGUGUGGCCAACUCGAACCCCCCAGUCCGCUACAGUUGGCGCCGCGGGCGGGAAAUUCUCUCCCAGGGGUCAGAUAAGGGAGUGGAGAUUUACGAGCCAUUUUUCACGCAGGGUGAAACCAAGAUCUUAAAACUGAAGAAUCUCCGACCUCAGGAUUACGCCAACUACAGCUGCAUUGCAUCUGUGAGGAAUGUGUGUGGCAUACCAGACAAGAUGGUACUGUUCAGACUCACCAACAAAACAGCUUCUCCAUUGAUCAAGCUGCUCGUCGAGGAUCCCAUUGUGGUCAAUCCUGGGGAGACUGUUACCUUAGUAUGCAUAACCUCUGGGGGAGAGCCACCUCCUACUCUGACGUGGGUGCGCUCCACUGACGUGCUGCCCGACAAGAGCGUGCUUCAUGAGGGGACACUAACUCUGCCAGCUGUCACUUCGGAGGACGCAGGAGUUUAUAGCUGUGUCGCCAAUAACAAUGUGGGCAACCCCGCCAAGAAGUCCACCACCGUCAUUGUGAGAGCUCUGAAAAAGGGACGCUUCUGGAUCACUCCGGACCCCUACCACAAUGAUGACAACAUCCAGAUUGGCCGCGAGGUGAAGAUUUCCUGCCAAGUGGAAGCCACUCCACCGGAGGAGCUGGCCUUCAGCUGGCUGAAGAAUGGCCGUCCGCUACGCAGCUCAGAAAGGAUGGUCAUUACUCAGACUGACCCAGAUGUAUCCCCUGGUACUACCAACCUGGACAUAAUUGACCUGAAGUUCACUGACUUUGGCACCUAUACAUGCAUGGCAUCGCUGAAGGGCGGAGGAAUCCCGGACAUCAGCAUCGAUGUGAAUAUCUCCUCCACCACUGUGCCGCCCAACCUGACAAUCCCCAGAGGAAAGUCCCCGUUGGUGACUCGGGAAGGUGACACAGUGGAGCUGCAAUGCCUGGUGUCAGGGAAACCCAAGCCCAUCAUCCUUUGGUCCCGGGCUGACAAAGAGGUGCCCAUGCCCGAUGGCUCCAUGCAGAUGGAGAGUUACGAUGGCAUCCUGCGCAUUGUCAACGUCUCCCGUGAAAUGACUGGAUCCUACCGCUGCCAAACCAGCCAGUACAACGGCUUUAAUGUGAAACCGCGGGAAGCAAUUGUGGAGCUCAUAGUGCAGUAUCCUCCGACGGUGGAGCCAGUUUUCACUGAGAUCCGACAAGGACUGGGCCGGAACAUCGUCAUGAACUGCAAGGUCCUGCGAGCCUAUCCAUCGCGGGUCCUCACCUACGAGUGGCGCCUGGGUAACAAGCUUUUGGACUAUGGGCAAAUUAACUCUCAGCUCUACACCAAGCAUGUCAUCAACAACCUGACAAGGGAAGGCUACGGAGUCUACAACUGCAGCAUCAUGAACGAAGCGGGCAUUGGGCGCUGCAGCUUUCUGGUCUCAGGCAAAGCCUACGCCCCUGAGUUCUACUAUGACACCUAUAACCCACUGUGGCUGGACAGACCCCGAUACUACGUCUACAACUUGCAGUGGACGCAAAUGAACCCCAGUGCGGUCGACCAGAUUGUCGCUUACCGUCUGGGCUUUAAGCAGAUCAGCCACCAGCGUUGGUGGGAACAGGAGAUCCCAGUCAAUCAUGUCAUUCAGAAAGAGGAGCUACUCCAGUACAACCUGUCCGAACUGAUAAGGCCUGAGACCUACGAGGUGCGUCUGACUCCCAUUACCAGACUGGGCGAGGGAGACUCCACAAUCCGGAUCAUCAAGUACAGUGGAGUCAGAAGAUUACCAGCUCCAAUAAAUCCACACUUGCGUGAAUUCAUCUGCAGUUUUGAAGAAGCUCCAAUCUGCAGUUUUUCUCAAGACAAGACCGACAACUUUGACUGGCUAAAACAAAGCGCAGCAACCCGGGACACCAAGUACACGCCAAACACGGGGCCCAAUGCCGACAGGACUGGCUCAAGAGAUGGUUUCUUCAUGUACAUCGAGGCCUCCCGUCCCAGGAAGCCAGGAGAAAAGGCCCGGCUGGUGAGCCCCAUCUUCAAUGUGGCCCCCAAGAACCCGUAUGGCACUAGCAGCUCGACGUACUGCUUCAGCUUCUACUACCACAUGUACGGAAAGCACAUAGGUGCUCUAAACGUGUACUUGAAGUUAAAAGGGCAGACGACAUCUGGAAACCCUGUAUGGUCAAUUAGAGGAAACCAGGGACAGCACUGGAGGCAAGCGAGCAUGAAUAUUCAGCCCAGCACAUCAUUCCAGGUGAUCUUCGAAGGGGUCCGCGGCGAGGGAAUCGAGGGCGACAUCGCAAUUGAUGAUGUGUCGAUCGUUGAAGGAGAGUGCAUGAAAGAUAACCCACCACCCAAGACCAUUUCCUUCUGCGUUCAUCAGCACACUCCUCUCAUCCCUUUGCCUCCUCUCCACGUCUCACUGCCCACGUCUCCAUGCUUCUUUGUCUGCGCAACCUGAGUCAAGGGGCUAACGAGGCUUGUCCAUCCAUUUUUUCUCAGACUUGAAAUCAUCGUCCCCACCUUCAGUAAGGACGCAUAUAUGGCAGUUGCCUGUCACUCUGGUGGUGGCUCUGUUGACCAACCGAAGGUGACCUUUCCCCGGCAGAGGCUGCUGAAACGAGCCAUUGGGUACUGGCAUGAAGAAGGAGUCUUUGUACUUGGACCUUCAGAAAACAAAAAAGAAAAAAAUAUCUGAAAAUAAAAAUAAGAAAAAAAAAAAAAGAAAAAAGAAAACUACCAAAGAUUCAUCCGCUGAACUGCUGAGCGUCAGACUGACACGUGAAAGGAAAGCACCUGAGAGCAAAAGAACUUCAGUCAGAGUCCCGUGUUUGUAAAGAAAUAUAUGCAGCACGCCUGUGAGGGCAGAUGGGAGAAUCCUUUUGUGGACAAGUCUCAAGUGAGCGAGAGAGCCAGCGAGCGAGAGACAUGCUCUUGUAAAGCACAAAGUCAUGGCUGUGUGUGUGUGCGCGCAUGUGUGUAUUCUCGUUUUUCUUUUGGUCGUUUUCCUUUUUUUUUUUCCUUUUUUCCCAUGUUGCCAAGGAACCCCGAGGGUUGAUGGAUUUAACAGUUCCUCCCCCUUUUCUCCUCCCUCCUCGCUGGCACCGGCACCACAUACCUUCAGCUUGUCUCUUGUUUGGCUGUCCUUUUUAUUGGCUCCCACACCCCAAACUCUUCCGCGCUCUCCUGUUUUCUCAUUGUCAGCAUGGCAGUGCUCUGGGUGGCUACCGUCUCUCCCUGCAUGAACUCCCACUGGUUUCAGGAAGAAAAAAAUGAUACGAAACAAAAACACAAAACAAGAAAUCCUGUUUAAGGCCCGUUGGAAGUGUCUCCCUUCCUGUCAACACCCCCACCCCACAUCCGUCCAACUUUGGGAAUGUGAGCCUCUGUCUGCCAUGAAACCAAGUGCCUUCAAAUUUCAAGCCUGAAAGGGUGAAGAGAACACUGGCGGGCCCAGCAGAGCCAAUGGAAAAUGCCACGCCACCAGAGGAGCGCAUCUCCGAGCCCCGCGGCUCCUCCACCUAUCACGCUUCUUAUAGCCAUCAAGACAGCCAUGGCCUUUGAGCUCGCAGUCCUCUCGAUAUGGGAUGGGGGGGCGGGGCCUAAGGGGAGCAAUGUGUGUGAGUGUGUGUGUGUGUGUGUGAGUGUGAGAGUCUGCGGGUGAGUGUUAAGCGUCUGAGGGGACGGAGUGGACCUUGGGACUCCAGCGGCCUCCUUCACCUCUGCCCUUUUAAACUGUGUGGAUUCUGAACAAAAAAAGAAAUAUUUUAUUACUUUACGCGGAUUCGUGUAGCCGGACUUUUACACGAAACAGACUCGGAGCUACCUGACACCAUACAAAACCUUAACCAGCUGGUUUUUCAGACGUAUUGUAAAUCUCCCCGAUAUUGUUGCAUAUGAUGACAUUUAAAGACUCUUUCCUUUUUUUUUUUCCUUUAUUUGACCUUUUAACUUCAUAUAACAGGCUUUCUUUUGUUCCAGGAAGAUAUACUUGUCCUUUCUUAGCACCCUUGCAUUUUAAACAAGAAGAAAAAGAAAAAAAAGAUAUGCAAAACAAACAAAAAAAAAUUGGUAAAUAAAUUAUUUCAAAAGGCAA